AAAAUAAAAAUAAACAUAAUAUUUUUUGACAAUAGCGGUGGUAGACGGUGGUAGCUUCUCUCUUCUCUUCUUCUUGUUCUUCUUCUCCGAAUCAUCUCUACUUGCAUUCUUCCACCAACAAGAUUCAAGCUUGAAAAUAAGAGAACGAUGAGUAAUCAAUUGGUGGGGAAAAGCGAUUCAAACCAUCAACGUCUCUACGAUUUUGCUAAAAUGUCUCUCAUCAAGAUAUUCGCUCACCCUUACGCCACCGUUUGCGAGUUGUAUUGUGGUGGUGGCGCUGAUGCUGAUAAAUGGCUCGACGCCCAAAUUGCCCACUACAUUGGUAUCGAUGUUUCUUCGUCUGGGAUAGACCAAAUUCGACAAGCUUGGGAGAGCAAUAGGAAAUCUUACUCUGCCGAUUUCUUUCAGCUUGACCCUUCAACUGAAAAUAUAGAAGUGCAUUUGGAGGAGAAGACCAAUACAGCUGAUUUUGUCUGCUGUUUGCAGCAUUUGCAGUUGUGUUUUGAAACUGAAGAGAAAGCGCGGAGACUUCUUCUAAACGUGUCAUCUCUACUGAAACCAGGGGGAUAUUUUCUCGGUAUUACUCCUGACUCAUCUACUAUAUGGGCAAAGUAUCAGAAGAAUGUUGAAUCCUAUCACAACAAAGGCAGCGGCAUGAAGCCAAACAUUGUUCCCAACUGCAGCAUCCGGACAGAGAAUUACAUGAUUACUUUUGAAGUUGAAGAAGAAAAGUUUCCAUUAUUUGGAAAGAAAUAUCAGCUGAAGUUUGCUAAUGAUGUCUCUGCUGAAACCCAUUGCUUGGUUCACUUUCCAAGUUUAAUCAGGCUGGCUAGGGAAGCUGGACUUGAGUAUGUGGAGAUCCAAAAUUUAACGGAAUUUUAUGAUGACAACAGAGCACAAUUGGCUGGCUUGCUUACGAACUAUGCUCCAAACCUUUUGGAUACUAGGGGUAGACUUCUUCCUCGAUCAUAUGACGUGCUUGGUCUCUAUACAACAUUUAUAUUUCAAAAGCCUGACCCAGACAUAACGCCACCAAUUGCAACUCCAAUAUUGCAAGAUGCUAGUUAUAAUCUUGACGAGGGAAUAAUUUGGCGAGAGGAUGAAAUCAAUGGACUUUUUGUAGUAGAUCCUUCUAUUGGGGUAGGUAUUGGCAAGAUAAGCGAGCAGAAAGGGAUAUUGGGCCCUGGCCCAGCAGAAUUACGUUUUCCAGAAGCACUUUGACAUGGCUGUUCUAACGAAGCUAUAGGUUACAUUAUAAAAAAUGACGCUAUAGGUUUUAGCUAGUUUCGCUGAUUUAAUGCUGUUAGUAUUUUUCUGGCACCCCAAACAAGAGGAAGUUAGGCUCGUACUUCUUCCAUUUGCUUUUCUAAGGUUUGUUAUUUUAUCUAACAUGUAGUCAAUAUUGAGAGGUUAAGUUAUCCUAGUUUGGCA